AUGACCCUUCGUUUUGCGGCAACUCCGUCCAAUAGACGGGAGACUGGCGGUACGAAGGGACCGAAUGUACCGACACAGGGCGAAAACCUGCGCUGUGGACAACAGAUUAGGCCGUCGGUGAAGGAUCACAGGUUUGCCUUGCCAUAG